AUGGUGUCGCGAUCAUGGCUGGCAGCGUUGCUCGCUGUUGGACACCUUUCUUCUAUCUGUAGAGCGCAAGUGGAUGUCCCCUCAGUCAACAAUUUUCGCAGAAGAGUCUUUGCUCGAGGUAAGCAUCGGCCUACGUCUCUCUCUAAAGACACACAGGGCAUCUCUAACGAAUGCUCAGCGUCGGUCAUUGGCGAUUGGGUCUAUUACGAUGGAGGUGAAGUAUCUCAGGUUAUUAGCGGGUUGAGUCCCCAAUCACAAUGGCGGCCCUCCAACCCGACAAACACGACGCUCUCAAUCGACCUUACCAAAUCAUGGACACCAGAGGACGUGGAGAUCAAGGAAACCUCCAAAUCGGCCCCAAAGAUGAUGAGGCAGGCCAUCUUCACCGACAACUCGUCCAACUCCUUUUACAUCUGGGGAGGCUUCACCUCGUACGGCGCCAAAAUCCCAGACGCGAAACUAUGGCACUUCACCCCGGACGGCAGCGGCGGCGGCCAAUGGGGCACCGUCCUCCCGCACGGCAACACCGCCUUCACGGCCCUCACCCGCUCGCAGGGCGGCGCCUUCGUCAGCACCAAGGACUCCGGUUUCUACUUUGGAGGGUUCGCCGAUUCCGGGUCCGACCCGAACCCCAACGGCCCCGUGCCGGGGUUUUUGCAAUUCAACUACACGGCGACGGACACGGCGUGGACGAACAACUCGGACAGCGUGCCUUACUCUGACUACGGUACGCUUGUCGGCGCCACGGCGCACUACGCGCCGUACGGGCCAAACGGUCUGAUUAUGAUCUUUGGCGGAGGAUCGCACGUCAUCGGGACCGGCCAGAGCGUGGAUAACGUCGGCUAUCUCAGCUUCAGCACGAUUUACUUCAUGGAUCCGGUCACAAAGGUGUGGUAUACCCAGCAGACGAGCGGCAACGCCCCGGGACCACGCAUGUGGCACUGCACCGUCGGAGUCCAGGGUCCCAACAGCACAUACGAGAUCUUCAUGUACGGCGGCAGUAACAUCGCAAACAAAGAAACCUUUGACGAGGUCUACAUCCUCUCGCUCCCCGGCUUCGUCUGGCAAAAGGCAAACUACACCUCCGCGGCGCCGCGCGACACGCAGUCGUGCGUCGUCGCCGGCCAGCGCCAGAUGAUCACCUUUGGCGGCGUCAACAGGAUGGCCAACAACGCCAACUCGACCCUCUUCUUCAACGAGGAGGAUUCCUUCCGCCAGGGCGUCGGCGUCUUCGACCUCACUGCGCUGGCGUGGAAGGACGCAUACGAGCCCACGGCCGCCGCGUACGAUUCUCCCGACAUCGUCAAGGCCUGGUACAAUGAGGGCAACCUCGCCAGCGUCCAGUACGGCUCGGGCGUCGAAGCCCUCAUCAACUACGGCAAAUCCGGAUCAGGCUCGAGCUCAGGCUCAGGCUCCGACGGCUCCGGCUCCGACUCCAGCUCCGACUCGAAGUCCUCCAACACAGGCGCCAUCGCCGGUGGCGUGGUAGGCGGCGUAGCGGGCGUCGCCCUCAUCGGCCUAGCCGCAUUCUUCCUCAUGAGGCGGCGGAAGCACAAAAAGGUCCCGACAGAAGAAACCGGCCCCAACGCCGUCGAAGCCCCGGGCUCGGCCGCCUACUAUAAUGACAACAACAAUGCCGGGAUGCAGCAACACCAGCAGACGGCCUACUCGCCGGGCCCCGCCCCGUCAAUGACGACGGCGCCGUCGGAGCUCCAGGGGGAGUACAGGGACCACUCGCCGUUUUCGGGCAGCGACGUGCCGCCCAAGAUGAUGCAGCCUCCCGAGAUGGAUGCGGGGGAGCCGCGGCACUAUUACGCGGCGGAGCUGGACGGGACGGAGGCGCGGAAGUGA